AUGGCUUUCACUAUUGAUAAUGCUUAUGAGAAUGAUGUUGUAAUUAAAAACAUGAAGGAGUGGCUUCCUAGGCAGGAUUGCCCCACAAGACGGAAUACAGCCUAUGAUAUGCUCAAAACUGCACUUGAGUAUAAGACUGCAUUUGCUCGAUUGAAACAAAUUGAUAAAAAAUAUAAUCUUAAUCCAUCUUUUGAGGAGUGGGAUAUUGGUCAAAUUGAUGAAUGGCUAUUGAGCAAGUACGAUUAUAUUCAAGCAAUGGCUGGAAAAAUGUUGGAAAAAUUUAAGAAAUAUUGGGAUGAGGUUAAUUUACCUUUGGCAAUAAUAGUGGUUCUUGAUCCAAGAUACAAGUUGGCACUUGUGAGGUAUAAUUUGCAUAGGGUUUAUGGUUAUGUGGGAGAAGAUGAACUUGCAAAAGUGCGUGAAUGCCUUUAUAACUUUUACUCUCACUAUGCAAAUUAUGAUACCUCAUCCACUCCUAAUGAAGAGAAUAGUCCCCUUGAAUCAUCCAUAACAAGUUCAGCUUCAGGUGUGAUGCAAGAGAGUAAGAAGAAGUAUCUCAAAAGCUUUCAAAAAUGGUGCACAAGUGAUGAAAUAACAACAUCAGUGUUCUAA